AUGGAGACCGAGGAGGAGCAACACAUGACAACGCUCCUCUGCAUGGGCUUUCCAGACCCCGUUGCAAUACGAAAAGCUCUCCGCUUAGCAAAGAACGAUAUCAACGAGGCGGUCGCGCUUCUCACAAAUGAAAGCCCGGGACUCGGGUAUGGAUACGAGCCGAUGGAAAGCGGGCCUACUCCCGGCUUGGGGUCGAGUGGAGACGGGGAAAAUAGCGGGCGGACCGGGACUGGAGGGUUUGAUCCCCCGCCUGCAUACCACGAUGUCGUGGAUAGCGAGAGGAGUAAUGAUGAGAAUGGGAACUGCUCUGGGGGUAGCAUGGAGUUCCCCACCACCAACCUGUAUGAGUUAGAGAGUCGAGUCUUCACUGAUCACUGGUCCAUACCUUACAAGAGGGAGGAGUCUCUGGGCAAGUGCCUCGUCGCAUCUACCUGCCUCGCCCGGCAUGGUCUCGCUGAUGCCGAUGAGAAUUGCAAGAGGUUCAUGGAUCGAUGCAUGCACGAGGCCUUCAAAAAGCUGUUGACCAGCAGUGCAGUCCACAAAUGGGGUACAGAAAUCCAUGAGGGCAUCUACAAUAUGCUUAUGUUACUGGUAGAACUGGUGGCAGAACGAGUCAAGCAGGACCCCAUACCCGUAAACUUGAUGGGGGUUUUGACUAUGGCUUUCAACCCCGAUAAUGAGUACCAUUUUAAGAAUCGGAUGAAGGUGUGUCAGAGGAAUUGGGCUGAGGUUUUUGGAGAGGAGGCACACAUGUUUGCUGUUUCCCCGAGCAACACCUAUCAGAAAGAGCCUCACGGUUGGUUGGUUGACCUGGUGAAUCGAUUUGGAGAGAUGGGGGGCUUCACAGCUAUCCAGACCAAGCUCAACACAGAGGAAAUAGAGAUUGCGUGUGUGUCAGCUCUUGUCCAGCCUCUUGGUGUGUGUGCAGAAUACCUCAACUCCAGCCUGGUACAGCCCAUGCUGGACCCAGUUAUUCAUAAGAUGAUCACAUAUGUACAGAACCUUGAGGAAAAGGAUCUUAAAGACAAGCGUUUGGUAAGCAUCCCAGACUUGUUGUCGGCCAUCAAGCUCCUGUGUAUGAGGUUCCAGAGGGAGCUGGUCACGGUAGUGGAUGACCUGAGGCUAGACACCCUGCUGCGUAUGCUCAAGACCCCCCACUUCUCCACCAAGAUGAACUCCCUCAAAGAGGUAACCAAACUGAUAGAAGAGAGCACAGUGUCUAAGACAGUGAAAAAUGCCAUUGACACAGACAAACUGCUAGACUGGCUGGUAGAGAACUCAGUCCUCUCAAUAGCAUUGGAGGGUAAUAUCGACCAAGCUCAGUACUGUGAGAGAAUAAAGGGGAUCAUCGAGCUGCUAGGGAGUAAACUGUCUCUUGAUGAACUCUCCAAGAUCUGGAGAAUACAGGCAGGCCAAUCAUCAACAGUGAUCGAGAACAUCCACACAAUCAUUGCAGCCGCUGCUGUAAAGUUCAACUUCGAUCAGCUCAGCCACCUCUUUGUCCUAAUACAGAAGAGUUGGGAGGUAGAGAGUGAUCGUGUGAGGCAGAAGCUGCUCAGUUUGAUCGGGAGGAUUGGUAGAGAGGCUCGCUCUGAAGCUACAACAGGAAAGGUACUCGAGGUGCUUUGGGAACUGGCCCAUCUCCCCACUCUGCCUACUAGCCUGGUUCAGCAGGCAUCAGAGGAACACCUGGGGAUCCUGAGUGAUGCCUAUGCCGUCAAAGAGACCAUCAAACGCAGUUACAUCAUCAAAUGUAUUGAAGACAUUAAGAAGGCCUCUCAGCAGAGCAGUCCUCAGGCGAUAUGGGUUGUUCCUGCUCUUCGUCAGCUACACGAGAUCACACGCUCCUUCAUCAAGCAGACCUACCAGAAACAGGACAAGAGCAUCAUCCAGGACUUGAAGAAGAACUUUGAGAUAGUCAAACUGAUAACAGGAUCCCUGGUGUGUUGCCAUCGACUUGCCGUUACUGCUGCAGGAAAUAAUGGCCUCUCUGGCUCCACUCUAGUGGAUGGACGAUACACCUACCAGGAGUAUUUGGAUGGCCACCUCCGCUUCCUGGCCUUCUUUCUCCAGGAGGCCAGCCUCUAUCUGGCCUGGAGCAGGGCAAAGGAGAUCUGGGAGUGUCUGGUGUCUGGGCCGGACAUUUGUGAGCUGGAUCGAGAGAUGUGUUUUGAGUGGUUCACUAAAGGACAACAUGACCUUGAGAGUGAUGUACAGCAGCAGCUUUUCAAGGAGAAGAUCCUGAAACUGGAGCCCUAUGAAAUCACUAUGAAUGGUUUUAAUCUUUUCAAGACCUUCUUUGAGAAUGUCAACCUGUGUGACCAUCGCCUGAAACGCCAGGGGACACAGCUGUGUGUCGAACGUCUUGACCUGACGGGGAUGGACUUUAUAUGGCGCAUCGCCAUGGAGACACCAGAUGAAGAAAUAGCUAAUGAGGCCAUUCAUCUCAUUAUUACCUACAGCUACACUAACCUCAACCCAAAAAUGAAGAAGGAUUCUGUGUCCUUGCACAAGAAGUUCAUUGCUGAUUGUUAUAAAAGACUAGAGGCGGCCAGUUCUGCUCUGGGUGGGCCUACCUUGACACAUGCUGUCACUAGGGCUACCAAGAUGCUAACGGCCACUGCCAUGCCGACUGUGGCCACAUCUGUUCAAUCACCAUCCAGAUCCACUAAGCUGGUGAUCAUUGAGAGACUGCUGCUAUUGGCUGAACGCUAUGUCAUCACCAUAGAGGAUGUAUACUCUGUUCCUCGCACCAUUCUACCUCAUGGGGCCUCAUUCAAUGGCCACCCGGUCAGUCUGCACAUCACCUAUGAGUCAACCAAAGAUACCUUCACCCUUGAGGCCCACAGUAACGAGACUAUAGGAAGUAUUCGGUGGAAGAUCUCGGAACAACUGAGCUGCCCAGUGGACAACGUCCAGAUUUUUGCCAACGACAGCGUGCUGACGAUGAACAGGGACCAGAAGCUGCUUUCCCAGCUGGGCUUCAGCGAUGAACAAAGUCUGACUGUGAAGACCUCGGGCACUGGCACUCCCUCUGGCAGCUCAGAGUCCUCAGCCUCCGCUUCCAGCAGCUCCAGCUCUGCUGUCUUUAACUCUGCCUAUGCUUUAGAGCAGGAGAAGUCACUGCCUGGUGUGGUGAUGGCUUUGGUGUGUAAUGUGUUUGAGAUGCUUUACCAGCUAGCUAACCUUGAUGAACCCAGGAUAACUCUGCGUGUGCGGAAGCUGCUGCUGUUGAUCCCUACAGAUCCUGACGUGCAGGAUGCCUUAGACAACUUUGUCCCCAAAGAGUCUAGUGUCUGGAGUCACCAGAAGACACUGUUCACCCUUGGCCAGGCUACUGGCUCUCGUUCACCAUCUCUGGCCUCUAAGCAGCAGCACCAGCCCAGCGCAGCAUCCAUCCUGGAGGCCUUGUUCAGAUCUUCUGCCCCCGGCAUGUCCACCUUCAGAGUGCUCUACAACCUGGAGGUGUUGAGCUCCAAGCUUAUGCCCACUUCUGAUGAUGAGAUGGCCAAAACCAGUGUCAAGUCUUUUUGUGAAAACUUCCUUAAGGCUGGAGGCCUCAGCCUGGUUGUGAAUGUUAUGCAGAGGGAUGCAAUCCCAUCAGAGGUGGACUAUGAGACCAGACAAGGGGUCUACUCUAUCUGUCUUCAGUUGGCCAGGUUCCUACUGGUCGGUCAGAGUAUGCCAUCAGUAUUGGAUGAUGACAUCAUCAGGGAUGGUGAGGCACUAUCUUCCCGCCCAUUCCGUAAUGCUAGCCGGACCGGUCGGCAGCUGUCCCUAUGUGGAACUCCAGAGAAGUCCUCCUACAGACAAAUGUCCUUGUCUGAACGCUCCUCAAUAAGAGUCGAAGAAAUAAUUCCUGCUGCCCGAGUAGCUAUUCAGACUAUGGAGGUUGGUGACUUCACAUCCACCGUGGCCUGUUUCAUGCGUCUGACCUGGGCAGCUGCAGCUGGGCGAUUAGAUCUAGUGGGCAGCCCUCAGCCAAUAAGAGAGAGCCAUACCUCACUUUUGCCCCAGGGAGUCCGCACCAGAGUCAGCAGCACAGGAAGUAAUUGCAGCUCCAGCAGUGAGGGUGAGGCCCCGUCAACAGCGUUGCACGCAGGAAUAUGUGUCAGACAGCAGAACGUCUCCAUUAAAGAUGCCAUCAUCGCCCGUGAAGCGCUGUCUCUGCUUGUGACCUGUCUUCAGCUACGCUGUCAGCAGCUCUCUUCUUUUUAUAACCUCCCCUCUGUCAAUGACUUCAUCAUCGACAUUCUGCUGGGAUCGCCCAGCGGAGAGAUCCGUCGUGUGGCAUGUGAUCAGCUCUACACUUUGAGCCAGACAGACACCUCAGCCUUCCCUGAGCUUCAGAAACCCAACCUGUUUCUCUUGUCAGUCAUCCUCACUGCUCAGCUGCCGUUAUGGAGCCCUACAUCUGUGAUGAGAGGAGUCAACCAGAGAUUGCUAUCCCAGUGCACUGAAUACUUCGACCUUAGAUGCCAGCUUCUGGAUGACCUAACAACCUCAGAGAUGGAGGUGUUGAAAGUGAGUGCGGCCACCAUGCUGGAGGAUGAGAUCUCCUGGCUGGACAACUUUGAGCCCAGCUGGAGCUCUGAGAUGGAGACCAGCGAGGCAGACAACAUCCUCCAAGCAGGACACCUCCGACUCAUCAAGACUCUGCUUUCACUCUGUGGCAAUGAGAAGGAGCAUCUUGGUCCAUCUCUGAUCCAGCAGCUUUUGGAUGACUUCCUGUUUCGAGCCUCACGCAUCAUCAUCAACAGCUCUAAUCCCACGCCAUCCCCAGCCCCCAAUCACGAUUUCCAUCCUAAGUGCAGCACAGCCAGCAGCAGGCUGGCAGCCUAUGAGGUGCUGGUGAUGUUGGCAGACAGCUCCCUGCCAAACCUUCAGCUGAUUACCAGAGAACUGCUAUCCAUGCACCACCAAUCUGACCCUUCCCUUAGCAAGGAGUUUGAUUACCUACCCCCAGUUGACAGCCGCUCAAUCUCAGGGUUUGUUGGCCUGAAGAACGGUGGAGCCACAUGUUAUAUGAAUGCUGUGUUCCAACAACUUUAUAUGCAGCCUGGCCUGCCAGAGGCAUUCCUGUCCAUUGAGGAUGAAACGGAUCAACCAGAGGAGAGUGUCUUUUGUCAGGUCCAGUCUCUGUUUGGACAUCUGAUGGAGAGCAAACUGCAGUACUAUGUUCCUGAAAACUUCUGGAAGAUCUUCAAGAUGUGGAACAAGGAACUGUAUGUAAGGGAACAGCAAGAUGCCUAUGAGUUCUUCACCAGCCUGGUUGACCAGCUGGAUGAACAUCUCAAGAAAAUUGGACGGGACCAGAUCUUCAAAAACACGUUCCAGGGAAUCUUCUCUGACCAGAAGAUUUGUAAAGACUGUCCUCACAGGUAUGAACGUGAAGAAACAUUUAUGGCCUUGAAUCUGGGCGUGACCUCCUGCCAGAGCCUUGAGAUCUCAUUGGAUCAGUUUGUCAGGGGGGAGGUGUUGGAGGGCAGUAAUGCCUACUACUGUGAAAAAUGCAAGGAAAAGAGGACCACUGUGAAGCGCACAUGUAUCAAGUCCCUCCCCAAUGUACUCUGUAUCCACCUCAUGCGCUUUGGUUUUGACUGGGAAAGUGGACGCUCCAUCAAAUAUGACGAGCAGAUCAGGUUCCCCUGGGUGUUGAACAUGGAGCCCUACACAGUUGCUGGCAUGGCCCGUCAGGACUGCAGCAUAGAGGGAGGUGAGGGGCGGGGCGACGGGGCUGGAGGAGGGUCACCCAGAAAGAAGGUGACCAUCUCUGAGAACUAUGAGCUGGUGGGAGUUGUAGUCCAUAGCGGCCAGGCCCAUGCCGGACACUACUACUCCUUUAUAAAAGACAGACGGGGGACUGCUCGUGGACGCUGGUACAAGUUCAAUGACAACGUGGUGGAGGAAUUUGAUAUGAAUGAUGAGACUCUGGAGUAUGAAUGCUUUGGAGGAGAGUACCGCCCCAAAGUCUAUGACCAGUCCAACCCAUACCCUGAUGUUCGGCGGAGGUACUGGAAUGCCUACAUGUUGUUCUACCAGAGAAUUAGUGACCAGAAUUCACCCGUCUUGCCCAAGAAGAGCCGAGUCAGCGUCAUGAGGCAGGAAGCCGAGGACCUCACACUGUCAGCACCCUCCUCCCCUGAUAUCUCCCCACAGUCCUCUCCUCGGCCCCCUAGGGCCAACAAUGACCGCCUCACCCUCUUGACCCGCCUGGUCCGUAAGGGAGAGAAAAAGGGUCUGUUUGUAGAGAAGAUGCCAGCCAGCAUCUACCAGAUGGUAAGAGAUGAGAAUCUGAAGUUCAUGAGAAACAGAGAUGUCUACAACAGCGACUACUUCAACUUCACCCUCUCUCUGGCUUCCGUCAAUGCAACAAAACUGAAGCAUCCAGACUAUCAGGCCAUGGCCAAAGAGAGUCUUCAGCUGGCCGUUCAUUUCCUCUUCCACACCUACCUACACACCAAAAAGAAGCUCAGGGUGGACACAGAUGAGUGGAUGACAACGGUGGAGGUGUUGCUGUCUAAGAGCAGUGUGGCAUGUGAGUGGAUGGUACAGUACCUGGUUGGACCAGAGGGAAGAGAAAUCACCAGGGUAUGUCUGUUGGAGUGCAGUGUGAGAGAGGUGAGGGUAGUAGUGGCAUCCAUCCUAGAAAAGACCUUAGAGAGUGCACUUCAUUUUGGAGACCCUGGAUUGGACAGCUUGACAGAUGUCCUGCUUUCCUUGUUGGACAAAGAUGUGCCUGAGAAUGUCAAAAACUGUGCACAGUACUUCAGCCUCUUCAGUAACUUCACCCAAAGGGGUUAUGCUCCCUGUCGGCUGCUAUUGAAACAUUCUGCUUAUCGUCGCAUGCUCAUCUUCCUACUGGGAUCGAAUAGGCAAAACAACCAGAACCGACGGUGGAGUCCAGCCCAGGCUCGGGAGUUCCUUCACCUCCAUAGCACCUUGGCCCUUAUCACUCUGCACUCGAACCUCAGCACACGGCGGACACAGACUCCGGGUGUGUCCAAGCUGAGUGUGAGUAGCAUCCCAUCCUCCGCCCCUCUCCUCCCCCUCCACGCAGAUGUCCAUGCAUCACUCUUUACUCCAGAGGGUCAGCCUUACCUUCUUGAGGUUAUGUUUGCUAUGCGGGAGUUGUCUGGCCCGCUGUCCCUCCUAAUAGAGAUGGUGACCUGCUGCUCUUACUGUAAUGAGCCUUUCUCCCUGGGAGUCCUGCAGUUACUCAAGACCCAGCUGGAGACAGCUCCACCUCAUGAGCUGAAGAACGUCUUCCUGAUGCUGCAGGAGUUACUGGUUGUGGAAGAUGCUUUGCAGACCCAGAGACUCAAGUAUGCCUUUGAGUCAGAGAAAGGCCUGUUGGCUUUGAUGCACCAGAGCAACAAUGUGGACAGCAGUCGCUGCUACCAGUGUGUCAAGUUUCUUGUGACAUUGGCCCAGAAAUGUACUCCAGCCAAGGAUUAUUUCAAGGAUCUGUCGGGUCACUGGAGCUGGGCUGUUCAGUGGUUACAGAAAAAGAUGUCAGAACAUUACUGGACUCCACAAAGCAAUGUAUCCAAUGAGACGUCUACCAAUAAAACCUUCCAGCGCACUAUCUCAGCACAGGACACAUUGGCCUAUGCCACAGCAUUACUAAAUGAGAAGGAACAGUCUGGCAGCAGUAACGGCUCUGAUGGAAGCCCAGCAAAUGAAAAUGCUGAUCGCAGCCUUAGACAGGGUUCAGAGUCUCCCAUGAUGCUUGGUGAUUCAAAAAGUGAUUUGGAGGAUGUGGACCCCUAGUUCCUCAAACCAGCAGAGUCCCUCCAAUGGAGAGGCGGCACAGCUCCAGGCAGCCAAUAAACAGACUGCACUUCACCUCUUAAUUUGUCAGAACAUUUAGGGCUUCAAAACAGCCAAUCAGAACACUUUUUCUUCUGGUCGCUGUAGCAACGGAGAGGACAUUAAUACACCAUGAGUCACUUCCUGCCAGACCAGCUGAGGUGAUAAUGGAGCCAAGUUAUCAUUAGGGACAGGAGAGUUGAUUGCGGGGAAGUGGGAACCUUCCAUGAAAAUGGAUGACUUCAGUUUAUCCUUUUAUUCAUUCGUUCACUCAGAAUGACAAAAGGUAGAAGAAGGAAUUGUGUUGUGUUUUAACAAUUUCUCUUUUCUUUUUUUUUCUUCUUUUUUUUUUUUUUUUUUUUUUUUUUUUUUUUUUUUUUUUUGCUCAUAUUUGCCAAUGUAUCUACAUAGACAUAUUGUAAAGAUUUGUUCCAUAGAUGUAAUUUCAAAUGUAAGAUAAUAUUUUUAAGUCUCCUGUGCUCUUCUCCACAGCCAUGCAAUUGCUAGAGGUGGCAUGACUUGCUCUAGAGGAACUUUGUUCAAAGUAAAUUGUGUCCAUGUACACAGGAGCAAUCUACACACACAGGCAUCGCUGGGGUUUUUAAGUAUGCACUUUAUAGUCCAACCCAGUCUAUUGUGAUGUACAGCAGCAAUGGUCAGUUCUUCUAGAGCAGGGAAGGUCCCACCUCCUCACACAUCUCCCUCCCCCUUUUUGCUUUUAACACUUUAAAUUUGCAGUGUGACAUACGCACGAACAUAUUGAAAGCUAAAUGGCAAGCCCUUCGGUUUAUGGCUAUAUCUUUCACCCUGGCAACCGGAGUGUUAGCCAUGGCAGCACAGUAUGGCAUUUUUGCAGUCCUGCAUCCUCUAAUCAGGACAGAACCGGAUCCCUCGGCAGAUCUGGAGAGAGAGCCACGCAAUAGUUCGGCGCUCACUCAUUCUCUGGCUGUCGAACAACUCAGCUGCUGGAUUUUACUCUUUAAUCUCUCUUUUUUUUUUUUUUUUUUUUUUAUCUAUCUGUUUUCUUUGCUGGGUUCUUCUGUUCUGGGUGAAUUGAAUUUAGAAAGAUUGUUUAGGGUGAGGGUCUCAAGCCUUAUCCAAGGAAUAUUUCCCCUGUGAGGAAAGCAGCAUUGUGGGGAAUUGGUGCCAACUGGAGGGGAGCUCAGGAGCAUGUUUUAUUUUUGGGUGCCAAUGAUGCACAUUCACAAACACACACACGAACUAAAGUACUAUGCCAUGACAUCUGUAGACAUACACCACAUGGAAGCAUAUACACUCGCUCGCAAAAACACACCACUAACAGGCCCCCGAUGCUUCAGUGUUACCUCUGUGCUUUAUCAGGUUUGAUUUGCCAACAGUCCAUUUUGCUUUGCCUUUGCUUUUGUCUGCCUUUGGAAACACACACAGAGGAGCCUAACUGCUACUGUAGCCUCAUGUUUGACCAAACCACAUCCCAUCUCAUCAUCACACCCAUGCCCAAUCUUCGGGAGACUUGAAGUGCCUUAACCUCCCGAUCCCUCAGCAGUCCUCUUUCCCUAACACUGUAUAGUCACCUCUCUAAUAAGAGAUUAAAGCAAAGCCCCCCUAUCCUGAUUGUAAUGCUAAAUCAGUUUCUCAUUUAAUCCUACACAACCGAGCAGUUACAACUGCAUCAGGGCUCCUUUGUUCCCAUUAGACCCCAAAAUGAUGAGGGGGCACCUCCUCUGUGUGUCGCAUGCCCAGCACUGUGGGAAUGUAACUGCUGGUUGUUACUCAGACUCUGUGUGAAGGUUUUUCCCCUUAACCAAACAGGGUUUAACUGGACAGGACAGGGUUUUGGUGAUGGUAAAAAGUUGCUUCUUUUCCACUUAGUUGUAGACUAGGUCAGAGACACUUGUAGAUUUAGACACAUGCUAAUCUAGUUUAAUGGAAGCCACAAACGACACUCAAAAGUUUCCAAAGACAAUCACGUUCAGUUCAGAAUGUAGCGCUCACUGAACAUCACGGUUUGAACAAGUCUAAACUAGGUUAGCAUAUUCAGCUCUCAGCUUUAACAGUUCAGUGUUUACAGUGUGAGGACCUACUUAGCAAUCAUGUAAAAAUGUUUUUGGCUGGAGUCAACCCGAGAUCCAUUCACCAGGGCUCCUCUGCAUCCUUGUUUCCGCCUGUGGGUUCUCAGAGACUGAGGAGAGGAUAACACCUCUCUGUCUUUUGCCCCCAACACCCCAUCAAGCCCAUUUCCCCCUCAAUCUCCCUAGACGUGAAUGUGACCCUGUGCUCUCUGCCAUGUUUGCAUGUGUGACAGUGAGCAGUGGUGGAGUUUGUCUUUGCUGUAAUGUUAGAUGGAGGAUAAACCAGCCCAUUUGUGUCGUUUGCUGUGUGACUCUUAAUUCACACUCUCUCACAAACCCCUACCCUUUCUCUGUGGCUGGUCAUGUGGUCUCUGAUGGAGCUGGAUGUGGUCUGCACCAAGUUGCAAAAAUGUCUGUGGCAACAUGAGUUGAUUUCAACGCAAUCUCGUAUAAGUAUGCCCCUCUACAGCACCUGUAGUCCAUUUAAAAGACUUACAAUCAGUCCUUUUCUUUUUAUCCAGGGGAUGCAGGGAGGGAGGGAUGGGGAAGUGUGUGGGUAGGGGUUUGCAUCUAUACGGGUUUUUACUGUCACUCAGCUUCACUUCUGAAAGUCAAGUCUGCCACAGCAGGAAUCUGUAAUGCAUGUUAAACCCAGUUUUAAUUUGUACAUCAGAGUUUGAUUAUGGGGAAAUUUGAUAUAAAAUAAACUGGAAUGCACAACCUUUUGCAAACACUGCUUUUUUGUGUGUGUACUACUUUUGGGAUUGAAUUUGAUUGGCUAGUGCUAGAUAUCUAGUUCACAAAACAUUAAGAGCACCUUCCUAAAAACAAGCUCAGUUUUAUGGAGAUCAGCUUUAUUCUACUUUGUGAUACCUAUGAUGAUGCUGCAGUUGCGUUGGUAUUUAACUACUACAAAUCAGAUUCAUUGCAAGUAAAACUCGCCGGUGCUGUUUUGUCAUCACCUUCCGUACCGCUGAACAA